GGGUAAAAUCGAUAAUUGAAAAAUACGGAAUUUUACUCCGUCCAAUAUUCUGAGUGAUAUACGGCCAAGUCAGGCUAAAUACUGGUCUCUAUUAUGAAGCUCUAAUAUUGUAAGGCUUCGUGAAUUUUGCCUAACAGAUAUUGAUGGGGGAACACUGAACAAUUGCUAGAGAAUAUUGGAUGUAAAAUCCAAUAAAGGAUACCAAUACAGAGGCAACGUUAACAGCAUUGGAGCAUUGGAAUGUCAUACACUGAAGACAUAACGCAAUUCACAAACAUGUACAAUAAUAAUUGAAUAGGAGAAAAUAAAGAAUGUAUAGGGCGAUGAAAUGAGCUGUAUAAUAGUAAUAUUAUAAAGAAAAUGUCCAUAAUUAAGGUUACAAUUAAGUUGAUUUAUGAAUGAUAUUGAUUAAUUGAGAAUUAUUUCUGUAAUAAGCAUUGAACUGAAUCUUACCAAGGCUGAUACAAGCUUCACUGGCUAAAGGAUUAUUAAAGAAGUCAGAAAUAAACAGAAAUAACGUUACAAUAGUGCAGUAUCCAUAAAUGGUGACAAAAAGCUAUUUAGCAUUAAGAUUAAAACAAAGUUAUGACAACGCUGAACUGACUAAAGAAGUAUAGCCUUUAGAAUGGAGGAGAAUGUAUUGUGUCCACGAUUGCUGGAUUACGUUGUGUUUGUUGGCAGUAAAGAACCAAGUAAAAACAACACUGCUGCUCAGACCCCUGAACUUUUGCGACGCUAUCCUGUUGAAGAUCAUAAGGAUUUUGCGUUACCUCCCGAUGUCGUUUUCUUCUGCCAGCCAGAGGGUUGCAUCAAUGUUGGCCCAAAACAGCUAAGUUUACGAGAAUCCACUUCUUUUGUGUUUACUUUAACAGAAAAGGACUCCGGAAUAUGCCGCUUUGGAAUUUGCGUUAACUUUUAUAGACCGUUUGAAAAGAAGCGUCCCCCACGGACUAAAAAUAACGUGACACGCCAAGCUUCCGUGUCUUCAAAUGAACAAUCAGUGAAUGAGUUGGAUAAUUCAUUUAACAAGAGAAGUAAAACUAUACGCAAUCAUACAUUGACUUCAGUCUGCUUUAUAAGCCAUCAUCCUUUCUUCUCUACAUUCCGCGAGACUGUCUACGUACUUCGGCAGAUCAUAGAGGCUUGUAAUGAACGCUCGUGCAAUAAAAGAAUCGGAGGCUCAAAAUUCUCAUCAAGAGAUACUGUGUGGGGAGUGCUCUCAGGCCAAGGUACAGACAGUACCCCCAGUCUUGUUAUGCAUGAGGUGCGGGAGAUUGAGACAUGGAUAUUACGACUGCUCAGUGCACCUGUACCUGUGCCAGGCAAAACCAAAGUCCAGUUGGAGGUGAUGAAUCCGGAAGUGAUGCCAGCGUUACUAUUCGCAUUGCCCGACCACACUCGCUUUCCAUUGGUGGAUUUUCCUCUCCAUCUUCCCCUUGAGCUGCUGGGUGUUGACACGUGUCUACGUGUACUGAGUUGUAUCAUACUGGAGCAUAAGAUUGUCUUGAUGUCCAGGGACUACAAUGCAUUGACUAUGAGUGUCAUGGCCUUUGUGUCCAUGCUGUACCCAUUGGAGUACAUGUUCCCAGUCAUUCCACUACUUCCAACAUGUAUGUCUUCAGCAGAACAGUUACUUCUAGCGCCAACUCCUUAUAUCAUCGGCGUCCCAGCUAGUUUCUUCCUCUACAAGAAGGGGUUCAGGGUACCCGAUGACGUGUGGUUGGUCGAUUUAGACUCAAAUAAGAUCCAAGUGCCUCGAGGGGCAGAUGAACUCCCAUCAAUGCCAGAGCCCGAGCUGUCCAUCUUGAAGAAUCACUUGAAGCAGGCACUGGCGAGCAUGUGUAUGAGUCCACAGCCAAUCAAAAACCUUGAUGCCCUUACCCAGAAUCCCGACAGCUGGCAGCGCAAAGAUAACUUCACAUCCCCAAUGACAGGCUUCAAUCCUCUCAUUUAUGGAAAUGAUGUGGAUUCUGUUGAUAUAGCAACAAGGGUUGCCAUGGUGAGAUUUUUCAACUCUCCGAACAUCCUUUGUAACUUCACAGAGCACACUCGCACACUGAGGCUUUACCCAAGACCUGUUGUAGCAUUCCAAACAAACAGCUUCCUCAAGUCGCGUGUUAAUCGCACAAUGUUCACUGCAAAGCUAGCUCGCACACAGGCAGUGGAGUACUACGCAGAAUGGGCACUAUGUCCAAAGAAGGUUGUCUACCUCAGAGUCCAAACAGGUGUAUUUGAUCCCCUUCUUAUAGGAGACAAGCCUAAAUGGUACAGUAACCAGCUCCAAACUGUCCACUUCAAGACAUAUGAUGAAUUCAGUACACUGGCUGCAGCCAUUACAGCUAAGAAUGACAACAAUCUAAGUGAUGAAAACCCAACUGAUGAAAGCGGCUCUGAUAGCGAUGGAGCUCUCAGUAGCAGUUCAUCCUAUUCAAGUCUCGGGGAUUUUGUCACGGAUAUUGUUAAUAGUGAUAUUAAUGGGGACACCCCUGAUAUUUAUGUUGGGGGACAGGCUUUAACCAUUGAUGAAUCGAGUGUGUUUUGUCCCCCGAGGGUAUUACAGCUUCCCGAUGGUUCGAUGAGUACCAGCGACUCGGCAUAUAGUCAGCAAGAUAGUGAUUCUUCACGUUCCUCAAGUCCUGUUUAUGCCACAGAGACGUCAAAUGUAAGGCCUGAUUCUCCAACUGUGACACCAAACACUGACAUCUUCAACUAUGACACCUCCAUUGUGACACCUACAGUUCAGCAACUUGGAAGAUCUGACAGUCGCGUCAGCCAAUCAAGCAAACUAGACAGCCCCUCUCCUAAGACCCCUCCCCCCAGACCUGCCCCUCCUGUGCUUCGCAGCCAGAACUCCGCAUUUGAUAAUGUCACCCCCAGAGACCCCAGUUUGGCCCCUGAGAUUCAGAGACAAGGCAGUGUGUCACCUCUCCCUCAAUCCAGGCGUGGCCCAGGCUCUAGAGCAAACAGUCGAGACGGGGAAAGACCCGACACACCAAACUCACUGAUAUCAAACCUCAGUAGUGAACUGACAGACGUUGCUCAGGCAGCUAGCUCCACAUUCUCAGACUUGUUUGUCCCUGGACAAGGCCAAGGUUCCAGUAACCAUAGCAGUCCGAGUCCAUCUCUACGCAAUGCAAAACCCUUUGCCCCUCUAGGUAGUCGUAAGGCCCUUGUGGAGAAGUCAGGCCUAGUAAAGCAUGCCAGUAGUAGAAAACAACAGCAGCAGAAACAAGCAACAAUGGACAGAACUAAUGUCAACAGUGAGAACCAGCAAUUCCUGAAGGAAGUCCUGAAUGGCGUCAUGGAAGGGCAAGGAGUCAGCUGGUGGAAGCUGUCUAAAGUGAAGAAAUUAAUGGAAGAUGAAAAUUACAGAGCUUUUGUUGUUAGUCGGCUUAACACAUCACUUGAUAAGAAAUUAACAGAUGAAGACGCUCAUCUUGAAGAUGUGCAAGUCACCAGAUCUGUUUUCAAAGGUAUCCUGGCCAUUCUGAAAGCUGUCAUCACUGGUCUAGAGCACACCUACCAGAACCAGGGACUUGGAGGCAUGGCCAGUAUGCUGAUGGUCCUUGAGAUAGCACAUACACACUACUGGCUGAAGGAAGUUGGGGGAAGUAAUAGGAGUGAUCACAGUGGUACUUCUCAGACGAGUUCUCCAUUUGGUAGUCGAGAGAGUCUUCGCAGUGAUGACUUGUUGUCCCCACAGAAAUCAGAGGGGAAAGUCCUAGAAACACCAGACCACCAGGAGAAACUUGUCCCAUCUAUAGGAUCUCCAGUAUUGGUGAAUGGUGACGAGUACCAGAACAUUGAAUUGAGAGUCCCGACUGUCCCUAGCAACAACAAUCAGCCAACAGAGCCGAAUCCCCUACAUCCAUCUGUGACCAUACAUAACAGCGACAUACUCAGUGCACUCGUGAAGAACAAAGAACUGAUUGAUGCAAAACGCAAGGAACUUCUCGCGAAAUUCAGUAGCCAAGACUCAGAUUUGUCUGAGGCCACUCUUGUAAGUCUUGCUUCCGAUACAUUAUCACGAGACGGAUCAGAGAGCUCAUUAAGAUCAAAAGCAAGGAUUAACCACCAUAGCAUACGCACCAGAAGUGUGGUCUCUGACAGUGAGCUUGAGAUGCCUUUGGGACGUAAGAAGAGAUCCCCAAGCGUAUGGAGUAGUAAAAGUUCUGUUAGUACGGGCUUCCGUUUCCACGAUGGCAAUCUCAUUAAUACAUCUGGAUUAGCAGCAAGUCCUGAUGGACAAAGAACGUACAUCUUCCAACAUAUAUCAGGAAAGGAAAGAUCACUUUUAUGGGACCAAAUGCAGUUCUGGGAGGACGCCUUUCUUGAUGCUGUAGCCCAGGAACGUGACAUCAUAGGAAUGGAUCAGGGACCAGGAGAAAUGAUGGAGAGGUACAAUUCUCUUGGUGACAGUGAAAAGAAACGUCUCGAGCAUGAUGAAGAUCGUCUGCUGGCAGUUAUGCUUUACAACAUGGUGGCCUUUAUGAUUAUGAUGAGAUGCAACAAAGUGGAAAUCAAGAAAAAGAUAAGACGUCUGCUUGGAAAGUCGCACAUCGGUCUUGCUCAGAGUCAAGAAGUCAAUGAUCUACUGGAUCAGAUCAACAACUUGCAUGGCAAUGACAUUGACCUUCAGCCAGUUGGAAGUAGAAUGAUGCAGAAACUUUCCUUCACUGUUCACUGGGGGCCAGAUAACACAGGGGAUAUGCUAUUUAUGGAGGUGUGUGACGACUGUAUCAUACUGCGUAGUGUAACUGGGGCUAUAUGUGACAGAUGGUGGUAUGAGAAGUUGAUUAACAUGACCUACUGCCCAAAAACCAAAGUCCUUUGUCUGUGGAGGAAGCAAGGAGACUCCACUCAACUCAACAAGUUCUACACCAAGAAGUGUCGAGAACUGUACUUUGCUGUAAAAGAGUCAAUGGAGAAGGCAGCAGCAAGGACAAAUGGGAAGAUACCAGGGCCAGAGCUAGGAGGUGAAUUUCCUGUUCAAGACAUGAAGUCUGGCCAAGGGGGUCUACUGCAAGUGUGUAUGGAGGGAAUAGGCCUCUUGUUUGCAAACAGCAAGUACUUUAUAGAGCUCAGUCGCAUAAAGAAAUGCUACACACAUCGAAGGGGUGGCAUAUUUGUAAUAGAAGAGCUUGAUGCCAAAACUCAACAAGUAAUUCAUAGGAAAUACAAGACAAGCAUGGCGUAUGCAGUCAAUGUUUGCGAAUGCAGACUCGAUAAUAUCAGCGAAAUGUUGAGGCCACAUGGCAGACCAGAUUUGUUACGCAGUCUUGUGUGUAUUUUCCUACGUCGCGGCUGGCAUGGAACAUGAACGCAAACUACAACAGCAGCAACAGUUGCAACAACAGCUGCUACAGCAGCAACAACAGCAGAUUUCACAAUUACAAACUAAUCUUAACUUGUUAAAAACCUAGCAGUAGUUUGGGUUGGUUAAUGGUUCAAAUAAUAAUCAUAUAUUAAUAUGUCUUGCUAUACAUUGGUGCUAUAGUUACCAAAUUGUAAUAUCAGCUGUUGCUAUGGUAACUGAUUUUCAAAUGGAAUGUUCUUUUGUUGCUAUGGUGAAAUAUAGUGUUAAUUCAUCAGUUUUACCAUAGGAAUUAUGCCAAUGCAGAUAUCAAGUUUCCAUAGCAACCAUGUUGCGCAAUGUAUUUUUAGUACACAAACUUCUUCAAAAAGAUAUGCUGCUUACUUUUUGGAAAAAUGAAAAUGCAAUGGUGCAAUGUUAUUAAUACUCACUGUUCAAAAUUUGAACAGCUUUAUUUGAUGCUUUAAGUUACCAUGGCAAUUGGAUGCCAUACUGACAUAAGUGUUGUUGUUAUAAGCAAUACCAUGGUAACCAAGCUCAAUCAAAUAGAGUUCAUUUUGUGCCUUUAUAUCAAGAAAGCCUGUUAUUUUUAUUAUCUGUUGUCCAAUGGAAUAUUUGUUAUAAUUGUGAGUUUUUUUAUUAUUCUUUAAUAGAUAAUGUAACAGUGUCAAGAUUUUUCUGAUAAUAUUUUCCACAUUUAGUUUUAAAAUUCUUUUGAAGGAGACAGUAAAAUUAGUAAAUAAUGUAUGGCUUGGGAUCUUACUUCUGUAAUGAAUCUUACUCUUUAAUUGCAUCCAUAUUUCGACAUAUUGUAUAUAUCAUUCAAUAACUUUUUAAAAUAUUAUGUUUUUGUAGCAGAACUUAUUGAAUGACAUCUAUAGUAGAUCUGUAUGUACAAAGAAAAUAUUUAGCCUAAUAAAUAUAUUUAGCCAAGUAAAAAUACAUUUAAUCCAAUCCAAGACGUAUAACUUUACCUCUAAAUUUAAAGCCAUAUAUCAGACUUACCAUUCCAUAAUAGUAUGUAUAAUUAAAUUAAUAUAUAUUUCAUGUUACAAAUUAUCUAUUUUUAUUAAUAUAUUUAUUCUGUGAAAAAAUAUAUGUAUACAUUUAUAAUAUAAAUAACCCACUCUACUGCUAAGGUCAGUGUAAUAUUAUAUUUACUAUUUUUAGAUUAUCCAACUUACUGUAAUACAUUUCAAAUAUACAAACUACAAAUAUUAUAUACAUUUACGGUACACAUAAAGGUGCACAUAUAGGCGCUGAAACAUGUACAGUAAAACAAGUGUGUGGACACUUAAAAUGUGAUUACUCAUCCAACAUUUGGACAGAUCCAUUACAUGUAUUUGGGUAUAUCCAAUAUUUAGGUAUAACCCUUAUUUGGGUAUUACCCAUAUUUGGGCAUAUCCCAUAUUUGGCCAUAUCCCAUUAUUGACAUCUAUGUUUCUGGGCACUUUUCAUGUGACCAUCUCUCUAUGAACAACUAAGU